ACUCAGGACAACCAAAGUACACCAGCUCUGCAGUUAUAGUGUACAGAGUUUGACAAACAAGGUUUCAGAAUGUCUGACGCCGUCAUGGCAGAGUUUGGGUCUGCCGCUUCCUUCCUGCGUAAGUCAGAGAAGGAGCGUCUGGAGGCCCAAACUCGUCCGUUCGACAUGAAGAAGGAAUGCUUUGUGCCUGAUCCUGAGGUUGAGUACGUCAAAGCCUCCAUCACCAGUAGAGACGGUGACAAGGUCACUGUUGAAACUGAAUUUGGAAAGACUCUGACUUUCAAGGAGGUGGAUGUUCAUCCUCAGAACCCGCCAAAGUUUGAUAAAAUUGAGGACAUGGCGAUGUUCACCUUCCUGCACGAGCCAGCCGUGCUGUUUAACCUCAAAGAGCGUUACGCAGCCUGGAUGAUCUACACCUAUUCAGGGCUGUUCUGUGUCACGGUGAACCCCUACAAGUGGCUUCCAGUGUACGAUGCCUCUGUGGUCAAAGCCUACAGAGGAAAGAAGAGGACUGAAGCUCCUCCUCACAUCUUCUCCAUCUCUGACAACGCCUACCAAUACAUGCUGUCAGACAGAGAGAACCAGUCUGUCCUGAUCACUGGAGAAUCCGGUGCUGGAAAGACUGUGAACACCAAAAGAGUCAUCCAGUACUUUGCCAGCAUUGCUGCUGUAUCUGGGAAAAAAGAUGCAGCUUCUGAGAAGAAGGGUACUCUGGAGGAUCAAAUCAUCCAAGCUAACCCUGCCCUGGAGGCCUUUGGCAAUGCCAAGACCAUCAGAAAUGACAACUCCUCCCGAUUCGGUAAAUUCAUCCGAAUUCACUUUGGUGUAAGUGGAAAAUUGGCUUCUGCAGAUGUUGAAACUUAUCUGCUGGAGAAGUCUCGUGUCACUUAUCAGCUCAAGGCUGAGAGAGACUACCACAUCUUCUACCAGAUCCUGUCUCAGAAGAAACCAGAACUGCUAGAGAUGCUGCUCAUCACCAACAACCCUUACGACUACGCCUACAUCUCCCAAGGAGAGACACAAGUGACAUCCAUUGAUGAUGCCGAAGAGCUGAUAGCCACUGACGAAGCGUUUGAUGUGUUGGGCUUCACUGCGGAUGAAAAGGCAGGCAUCUACAAGCUGACUGGUGCGGUCAUGCACUACGGCAACAUGAAGUUCAAGCAGAAGCAGCGAGAGGAACAGGCAGAGGCUGAUGGGACUGAGGAUGCUGACAAAGUCGCAUAUCUGAUGGGUCUGAACUCUGCUGAUCUCAUCAAGGGUUUGUGCCACCCAAGAGUCAAAGUAGGAAAUGAGUGGGUCACCAAGGGACAGAGUGUCCAACAGGUGUACUACUCUAUUGGUGCUCUGGCAAAGUCAGUGUACGAGAAGAUGUUCCUCUGGAUGGUUGUGAGAAUCAACCAAUCCCUGGACACCAAACAGCCUCGUCAGUACUUCAUUGGUGUGCUGGACAUUGCUGGAUUUGAGAUCUUUGAUUUCAACACCUUUGAGCAGCUGUGCAUCAACUUCACUAAUGAGAAGCUGCAGCAGUUCUUCAACCACCACAUGUUUGUGCUGGAGCAAGAGGAAUACAAGAAGGAGGGCAUUGAGUGGGAGUUCAUUGACUUUGGCAUGGACUUAGCGGCUUGUAUUGAGUUAAUUGAGAAGCCUAUGGGUAUCAUGUCCAUCCUUGAAGAGGAGUGCAUGUUCCCUAAAGCCAGUGAUGCAACAUUCAAAGCUAAGCUUUAUGACAACCAUUUGGGGAAGAAUCCUACUUUCCAGAAGCCCAGGAUUGUCAAGGGUAAACCAGAGGCGCAUUUCUCCCUGGUUCACUACGCUGGCACUGUGGACUACAACAUUUCAAACUGGCUGGUGAAGAACAAGGACCCUCUCAAUGAGACUGUGGUUGGACUCUUCCAAAAGUCUACUGUGAAGCUGCUGUCGUUCCUGUUUGCUGGAUAUUCUGGGGCAGACUCAUCCCAAGAUGCCAAGGGAGGUAAAGGAGGUGGCAAAAAGAAGGGUUCGUCUUUCCAGACUGUGUCGGCCCUUCAUAGGGAGAACCUGAACAAGCUGAUGACCAACUUGAGGUCAACUCACCCUCACUUUGUGCGUUGCCUGAUCCCCAAUGAGACUAAGACUCCUGGGGCGAUGGAGAAUCCUCUGGUCAUGCACCAGCUGCGCUGUAACGGUGUGCUGGAGGGCAUCAGAAUCUGCAGAAAGGGCUUCCCCAACAGGAUCCUGUAUGGAGAUUUCAAGCAGAGAUACCGUAUUCUGAAUCCAUCUGCUAUCCCCGAGGGUCAGUUCAUUGACAACAAGAAAGCUGCUGAGAAACUGCUGGGCUCACUGGACCUUGACCACAGCCAGUACAAGCUAGGACAUACUAAGGUGUUCUUCAAAGCUGGUCUCCUGGGUACUCUUGAAGAGUUAAGAGAUGACCGUCUUGCUCUCAUCAUUACUGGGAUUCAAGCAAGAGCUCGCGGUAUUCUCUCAAGAAUUGAGUUCCAGAAAAUUGUUGAGCGCAGAGAUUCUUUGUUGGUGAUCCAGUGGAAUGUACGUGCCUUCAUGGGUGUCAAGAAUUGGCCCUGGAUGAAGCUCUACUUCAAGAUUAAGCCUCUGCUGAAAUCUGCCGAGACUGAGAAAGAAAUGGCCAACAUGAAGGAAGAAUUCACCAAGUUGAAGGAGGCUUAUGCAAAAUCUGAAGCCCGCAAAAAAGAACUUGAGGAAAAGAUGGUUUCUCUUCUCCAAGAGAAGAAUGACCUUCAACUUGCAAUGCAGUCUGAGCAAGAUAAUCUUUGCGAUGCUGAGGAGAGAUGUGAGGGCCUGAUCAAGAGCAAGAUCCAGCUUGAAGCCAAAGUCAAAGAGCUGACCGAGAGACUGGAAGAUGAAGAAGAAAUGAAUGCUGAGUUGGUUGCAAAGAAACGAAAGCUGGAGGAUGAAUGUUCUGAGCUCAAGAAGGACAUUGAUGAUCUUGAACUCACUCUGGCCAAAGUGGAGAAAGAGAAACAUGCAACUGAGAACAAGGUUAAAAAUCUCACUGAGGAAAUGUCAGCACUUGAUGAAAUCAUUGCUAAGCUGACCAAGGAGAAGAAAGCUCUGCAGGAGGCCCAUCAGCAAACGCUGGAUGAUCUCCAGAGUGAGGAAGACAAAGUCAACACACUCACCAAAGCCAAAGCCAAGCUGGAGCAACAAGUGGACGAUCUUGAGGGAUCCUUGGAGCAAGAAAAGAAGCUGCGCAUGGAUCUUGAGAGAGUAAAGAGAAAGCUGGAGGGCGAUUUAAAAUUGACCCAGGAGAGCAUUAUGGACUUGGAAAAUGAUAAACAGCAACUGGACGAGAAGCUGAAGAAGAAGGACUUUGAAAUGGCCCAACUCAACAGCAAAAUUGAGGAUGAACAGGCUCUUGGUGCCCAGCUCCAGAAGAAACUGAAGGAGCUGCAGGCUCGUAUUGAAGAGCUUGAGGAGGAGCUGGAGGCUGAGAGAGCCGCUCGAGCCAAAGUUGAGAAACAGAGAGCUGAUCUGUCCAGAGAACUGGAGGAGAUCAGUGAGAGGCUGGAGGAGGCUGGUGGAGCCACUGCUGCCCAGAUUGAGAUGAACAAGAAACGUGAAGCUGAGUUCCAGAAGCUGCGUAGAGAUCUUGAAGAGUCCACUCUACAACAUGAAGCCACCGCUGCUACACUGAGGAAGAAACAUGCCGACAGUGUGGCUGAUCUGGGAGAACAGAUUGACAACCUUCAGAGAGUGAAGCAGAAGCUGGAGAAAGAGAAGAGUGAACUGAAGUUAGAGCUUGAUGAUGUGGUCUCCAACAUGGAGCAGACUGUCAAGUCAAAGAGCAACUUGGAGAAAAUGUGCAGAACUCUGGAAGACCAGAUGAGUGAGUACAGAACCAAAGCUGAGGAAGGCCAGCGUACUAUCAAUGAUUUCACCAUGCAAAAAGCCAAGCUGCAAACUGAGAAUGGUGAACUGUCUAGACAGGUAGAGGAGAAAGACUCUCUGGUGUCUCAGCUGACUAGAGGCAAGCAGUCCUACACUCAGCAGAUUGAAGACCUCAAGAGACAACUAGAGGAGGAAGUCAAGGCUAAGAAUGCCCUGGCCCAUGCAGUUCAAUCUGCUCGUCAUGACUCUGAUCUGCUGAGGGAGCAGUUUGAGGAGGAGCAGGAAGCUAAAGCUGAGCUGCAGCGGAGUCUGUCCAAGGCAAACUCUGAGGUGGCUCAGUGGAGAACCAAGUAUGAAACUGAUGCCAUCCAGAGGACUGAGGAGCUGGAGGAUGCCAAGAAGAAGCUGGCUCAGCGUCUGCAAGAUGCAGAAGAAGCUGUGGAAGCCGUCAAUGCCAAAUGCUCCUCACUGGAGAAGACCAAACACAGGCUGCAGAAUGAGAUUGAAGAUCUCAUGGUGGAUGUGGAGAGAUCCAAUGCUGCUGCCGCUGCUCUGGACAAGAAGCAAAGAAACUUUGACAAGGUCCUGGCUGAGUGGAAGCAAAAGUAUGAGGAGUCUCAGAGUGAACUAGAAAGUGUCCAGAAAGAGUCUAGAUCUCUGAGCACUGAACUCUUCAAACUGAAGAACUCCUAUGAAGAGGUUCUGGAUCAACUUGAGACCAUGAAGAGAGAGAACAAGAACCUCCAAGAGGAAAUCUCUGACCUCACUGAGCAACUUGGGGAGUCAGGAAAAAGCAUCCAUGAGUUGGAGAAAAUUAGAAAGCAGCUGGAGCAGGAAAAAGCAGAGAUCCAGACAGCCUUGGAGGAGGCUGAGGGCUCACUUGAACAUGAAGAAGGCAAGAUACUUAGAGCUCAACUGGAGUUCAAUCAAGUAAAGGCUGAUAUUGAACGCAAACUGACGGAGAAAGAUGAAGAGAUGGAGCAAGCCAAGAGGAACCAGCAGAGAAUGGUUGAUACUCUGCAGAGCUCACUGGAAUCAGAGACUCGCAGCAGGAAUGAAGCUCUCAGACUGAAGAAGAAGAUGGAGGGAGACCUCAAUGAGAUGGAGAUUCAGCUCAGCCAGGCUAACAGACAGGCAUCAGAAGCCCAGAAGCAACUCAAGGGUCUUCAUGGACAUCUCAAGGAUGCCCAAAUGCAGCUGGAUGACGCUCUGCGUGGUAAUGAUGAUCUCAAAGAGAACAUCGCCAUCGUGGAGAGACGAAACAAUCUGCUGCAGGCUGAACUGGAUGAGCUGAGAUCUCUGGUGGAACAGACUGAGAGAGGAAGGAAACUGGCUGAGCAGGAACUGCUGGACGUCAGUGAGAGAGUCCAGCUCCUGCAUUCUCAGAACACCAGCCUGCUGAAUCAGAAGAAGAAGCUGGAGGGAGAUAAUACUCAGCUUCAGACUGAGGUUGAGGAGGCAGUGCAGGAGUGCAGGAACGCUGAGGAAAAAGCCAAGAAGGCCAUCACUGAUGCUGCCAUGAUGGCAGAAGAGCUGAAGAAGGAGCAGGACACCAGCGCUCAUCUGGAGCGCAUGAAGAAGAACAUGGAGCAGACCAUCAAGGACCUGCAGCACCGUCUGGAUGAAGCUGAGCAGAUCGCCAUGAAGGGAGGCAAGAAGCAGGUCCAGAAACUGGAAGCCAGGGUGAGAGAGCUGGAAAAUGAGGUGGAGCUGGAACAGAGAAAGGCGAGCGAGUCUGUGAAAGGAGUCCGUAAAUAUGAGAGACGCAUCAAGGAGCUCACCUACCAGACUGAGGAAGACCGUAAGAAUCUGGCACGUCUUCAGGAUCUGGUGGACAAACUCCAGCUGAAGGUCAAGUCCUACAAGAGAGCUGCUGAGGAGGCGGAGGAACAGGCGAAUGCUAACCUGGGCAAGUUCCGUAAGAUUCAGCAUGAGCUGGAUGAAGCGGAGGAGAGGGCAGAUAUUGCCGAAUCUCAGGUCAACAAGAUGAGAGCCAAGAGCCGCGAUUCAGGACCCAAGAAAGGACAUGAUGAAGAGUAAUGCUCCACUAUAAAACUUAUUUUUGCUGUGAAACCACAUGCAUGUAUUGGUUCUGUUAAAGCAAUAAAAACUGCAAUUCUGAA